GUUUUCCCCACACAAACACAUAUAACAUCCCACAUCUCACACCAACUCCCCCACACUCAUUACUAACCCCCCCCCCCCUCCCCUCCGUGUCGCAAUGACGACCACAAACGGAACCUCACGCACAAACGGCGACGUGACAAAGACGACCAUCACGGCCAAGGCUCAGGUCUCUCUGCCGCCCAAAAAGUCGUACGCAGAGCUCAACCCCAAGUCCAAGCCGACAGAGUUCUUCGGACCCAUCGGCACCACCAUUGUCACGUUCGCGACCCCCGCCGUCGCCUACGCCCUCUUCUUCACAUGUAACGAGGUGACGGGCUGCAACCCGUCCGCGUCGUCGCUCUCCAACCUCGCCCACACGAUCGGCAACUGGCCCUCGUCGGCAGGCAAGCUCUGGGAGUGGAAGGCCCUCGCCGUCUACCUCGCCUGGUAUGCGUGGUGUAUCGCCACCUGGGUCAUCCUCCCCACCGAGUGGAUCGAGGGCCUCCUCCUCCGCGACGGUACUCGCAAAAAGUACAAGAUGAAUGGCCUCUGGUUCCUCUUCCUUACCCUCGGUGUUGCCAUCGGUGUUCUCGCCCGCCCAGGCGGCAUCGAGCACUUCACCUGGCUCUACGACCACUUUGUGCCCCUCCUCUCGGCCGCGCUCGCCAUGGCUACGGCCCAGGCCGUGUGGGUCUACGCCUACAGCUUCUUCUCGGGCGAGCUGCUCGCCCUCGGCGGCAACUCGGGUAUCUUCUUCUACGACUUCUUCCUCGGCCGCCCCCUCAACCCCACCAUCCCUGGUCUUCCCAACUGGGACAUCAAGACCUUCAACGAGGUCCGCCCCGGCCUUUCCCUCUGGUUCCUCCUCAACAUUUCGUGCGCAUGCGAGCAGUACGUCCGCCUCGGCUACGUCUCGGACAGCAUGUGGCUCGUCCUUGCCUUUGAGGGCUGGUACACGAUCGACUGCUACAUUGCCGAGCCUUCCAUCCUCAACCAGAUGGACAUUACCACCGACGGCUUUGGCUUCAUGCUCGCGUUCGGUGACCUCGCCUGGCUUCCCUUCACCUACGGUCUCCAGGCCCGCUACCUCACCUUCAACCCCGUCCAGCUUGGCCCCGUCUUCUCGGCCAUCAUUGUCGCCAUUGAGAUUCUCGGCCUCUACAUCUUCCGUGUCGCCAACAACGAGAAGAGCGACUUCCGCAACGGCAAGAACCCCAAGAACCUCACCUACAUGGACACUGCCCGUGGAACCAAGCUCCUGACCUCGGGCUGGUGGGGCCGCUCGCGUCACCCCAACUACUUUGGUGACUGGCUCAUGGCCUGGGCCUGGUGUCUCCCCACUGGCUUCAACACGCCCAUCACCUACUUCUACGUAGCCUACUUUGCCGUCCUCCUCAUCCACCGCCAGCGCCGCGACGACGAGGCAUGCCGCCACAAGUACGGCAAGGACUGGGACCGCUAUGUUGAGAAGGUCCCCUACAGGAUUGUCCCCUACGUUUACUAAACGACGAGGGCUGAGAUGUGGAGUAGGGAAUGGGAGUGGGGUUGUGCCGUUGCCAAUGCGUCAGCGGUGACCCGCGUUCCCAGGCGGUGGCGGUGCCGUCGUGGCUCGAGGUCACGACAAUGACGAUAGAGUCUGUCUGUCAGAGAAGACUGAACGAUCAUGAUAGAUGAAGCUGUGCACUAUUG